GGGGCUGGCGCGGCCUCCUGGCGACGCGGCGGUCGCUGCUCUCCGGCCCGGCUCUGCGGGCUGCAGCGGGAGCGGGACCCGGGAGGCGGAGGCGCGGGGACUCUGAACCAUGGAGCUGUAUUUUGGUGAAUACCAACAUGUGCAGCAAGAAUAUGGGGUCCACCUGAGACUUGCCAGUGAUGACACCCCAAAGCCAAGGAAUUCCCAGCCCUCAAAGGCAGGCUCCUAUGGUGUCAGUAUUAGGGUCCAGGGAAUUGAUGGCCACCCUUACAUAGUCCUGAACAACACUGAACGGUGUCUAGCAGGUACGCCUUUUCCAGAAAACGGGCCAGCGUUUCCAUCUUCAAUGAUAAAUAAUUUGUCCUUACAUGCAAGCAACGGGACCGGGUUGAAGGAGAACCGUCCAGAGGAACUGCAGCUUCCAGAAAACCCAUACCUGCAGACCAGCCCAAUGAGAAACCAGAAACAGCCCUCGCUCUAUGAGGGCAGGAAUGGAGUUGUAGAACGCAAAGACGGGCCCCCCAAACUACCCCACGUGCUCAACUUUCAGAAGCACCCGGAGCUUCUGCAACCCUACGACCCUGAAAAGAAUGAGGUGAACUCGGAAAAGCAUCACCCUCCGGAGAGUCCCUGGCUGAGAAAUGCACCGGAAGAAGGGACCAACUACAAGAAGCCCCGGAAUUGCUUUCCCAAACCUUGCGGUUCCCAGCCCAACAGCCCUACUUUGGAAGAUCUAGCCAAGACCAACGCGACGGCGAUCCGUCUCUGCAGCUCCGUGGUCAUAGAAGACCCCCAAAAGCAGACCUCAGUGUGCGUGAAUGUUCAGAGGUGCGCCAAGGAGGGGGCGGGAGAGGAGGCCCUUUCCCCUCGACGGAAAUCUCCAACCGCCCCCAGCCCACAGGCCUACUCUGAAACCAAGAAAAGCAGGCCAGAUGUACUGCCCUUCCGGCGACAAGAUUCCGCAGGACCCAUUCUCGAUGGAGCUCGGUCACGGAGGUCAUCUUCAUCAUCCACGACUCCCACCUCAGCCACUUCCUUGUACAGAUUUUUACUUGAUGAUCAGGAAUGCGCCAUCCAUGCUGACAAUGUCAACCGCCAUGAAAACAGAAGGUAUAUCCCUUUCUUGCCAGGAACUGGGCGGGAUAUCGACACCUGCUCCAUUCCUGGUGUGGACCAGUUAAUCGAAAAAUUUGACCAAAAGCCUGGGCUUCAGAGAAGAGGAAGGUCUGGGAAGAGAAACAGGAUCAAUCCGGAUGACAGGAAAAGAUCUCGAAGCGUAGACAGUGCCUUUCCAUUCGGUCUCCAGGGAAAUACAGAAUACCUCACAGAGUUUAGCAGGAACCUGGGCAAGUCUAGCGAGCACCUCCUCCGGCCAUCCCAGGUCUUCCCGCAGAGGUCGCAGGCCCCGGAGCACCGUGGGAAACACAGUCCCAGCUCCACCCUUGCAAAGCUGCAGGGUACCACUCAGGGUGCCCACCCCAAGCCUCCCCUCCAGAACAAAGAUGGGAAAGUUCUGAACAAAGGAAGUCAGGAAAGUGUGGUGGCUUGUGCCUCCUCCCUUCCAGCACAGAAUAAAAAAGAGGAAGAAAUCAAGAUAGCUACUGCCACACUGAUGUUACAGAACCGGGCUGUGGCUGCCACACCUGAUUCUGGUGCCAAGAAAAUUUCAGUGAAGACCUUUUCUCCCGACUCUAAUACGCAGGCCACCCCAGAUCUAUUAAAGGGCCAGCAGGAGCUCACGCAACAAACCAACGAAGAGACGGCCAAGCAGAUCCUUUACAAUUACCUCAAAGAAGGAAGCACAGACAACGAAGAUGCCACCAAAAGGAAAGUCAACCUGGUCUUUGAGAAAAUCCAGACUUUAAAGUCUCGAGCAGCAGGGAGUGCGCAAGGAAAUAAUCAAGCUUCGAAUUUUUCCUCUGAAGUCAAAGACCUAUUGGAGCAGAAGAACAAAUUGAUCUCAGAAGUGUCAGAACUCCAGAGGCAGCUGCAACUGGAGACGAAGAACCACCAGAACAUUAAGGAGGAGAGGGAGAGGAUGAGGAAGGACUUGGAAGAGCUCCGAGGCCGGCACCAGAGUCAAGCGGAGGAGACGGCCACCCUGCGGCGACGGCUGAGUGAAACAGAAGAGGAGCUGCGGAAGAACUUGGAAGAGCUGUUCCAGGUCAAGAUGGAGCGCGAACAGCACCAGACAGAGAUCCGCGACCUGCAGGACCAGCUGUCGGAAAUGCACGAUGAACUGGACAGUACCAAGCGGUCCGAGGACAGGGAGAAGGGAGCCUUGAUCGAGGAGCUCCUGCAGGCCAAACACGACCUUCAGGAUCUGCUCAUUGCUAAAGAGGAGCAGGAAGAUCUCUUGAGAAAGCGGGAGCGUGAACUGACUGCCUUGAAGGGUGCCUUGAAGGAGGAGGUUUCCAGUCAUGACCAGGAGAUGGACAAGCUGAAGGAACAGUAUGAUGCUGAGCUGCAGGCCCUCAGGGAAAGCGUGGAGGAGGCAACCAAGAAUGUGGAGGUCCUGGCCAGCAGGAGCAGCUCAUCAGAGCAGAACCAAGCAGAUGCUGACCUGCGUGAGAAAGUGCUGAAGGAGGAGAAUGAGAAGCUACAGGGAAGGAUUGUAGAGCUGGAGCGCAGAGUGGCCCAGCUGCAGAGGCAGGUUGAGGACGUGAAACGUGAUGAGGCCCAAGCCAAGGAGACACUCCGCAAGUGUGAGAGUGAAGUCCAGCAGCUAGAGGGAGCCCUUGUGCACGCCAGACAGGAAGAAAAGGAAGCUACCUCGGCCAGAAGGGCAUUGGAGAAGGAGCUGGAGAGUGCCCAGAGAGCGCUGAGCCAGACCUCCCAGGAGCAGAAGGAGCUAUUAGAGAAACUCCAGGAUGAGACGGAGCAGAAGGAGCAGCUGAGAAAGCUGAAGAACGAGAUGGAGAGCGAGCGCUGGCACCUGGACAAGACCAUCGAAAAGCUGCAGAAGGAGAUGGCAGACAUUGCCGAGGCCUCCCGAACAUCCUCCCUGGAGCUGCAGAAGCAGCUGGGUGAGUAUAAGGAGAAGAACCGCAGGGAGCUGGCAGAAAUGCAGACUCAACUGAAGGAGAAAAGCCUGGAGGUGGAAAAGGCCAGAUUGGCAGCUGUGAAAAUACAAGAUGAGUUGCGCCUCAAGGAGGAAGAGUUGAGGGACUAUCAACGAGCUGAGGAUGAAGCGCUCACCAAAAGGCAACUUCUGGAGCAGUCGCUGAAGGACCUGGAGUACGAGCUGGAGGCCAAGAGCCACCUCAGAGAUGACCGCAGCCGACUCAUUAAGCAGAUGGAGGACAAGGUGGCCCAGCUGGAGAUUGAAUUGGAAGAAGAACGAACCAGUGCUGAUUUGCUAUCUGAGAGGAUCACUUGGAGCAGGGAACAGAUGGAGCAGAUGAGGAGCGAGCUACUUCAGGAGAAAGCUGCCAAGCAAGACUUAGAGUGUGACAAGAUUUCCCUAGAGAGACAGAACAAAGACUUAAAAAGCCGGAUUAUCCACCUGGAAGGUUCUUAUAGGUCCAGCAAAGAGGGCCUGGUGGUGCAGAUGGAGGCCAGGAUUGCAGAGCUGGAGGACCGACUAGAGAGCGAGGAGAGGGAUCGGGCCAACCUGCAGCUCAAUAACCGAAGGCUGGAGAGGAAGGUGAAGGAGCUGGUGAUGCAGGUGGAUGACGAGCAUCUGUCACUGACUGACCAGAAAGACCAGCUGAGCCUGCGCCUGAAAGCCAUGAAGCGGCAGGUGGAGGAGGCUGAAGAGGAGAUCGACAGACUGGAGAGUUCUAAGAAGAAGCUGCAGAGGGAGCUGGAGGAUCAGAUAGGUGUGAACGAGCAGCUGCAGGGGCAGCUCAACUCUAUGAAGAAGGGCUUAAGACUGAAGACACUGCCUAGUAAAGUUCUGGAUGACUCAGACGACGACGACGACCUCAGCAGUGACGGCGGAAGCCUCUAUGAAGCGCCACUGAGCUAUUCUUUCCCCAAAGACAGCACCAUCACCAGCCAGAUCUGAGUCCGCUUCCAGGCCUGCUGAUCCUGACAGCGCCCUGCAGCCACCCAGAGCAGGAGGCGCCAAGGGGGGGCUCGUGAAAGGAGUCAGACCCACCUCACAUUCCUCCCCAGGGCCUCCAUGUGGCUGAGUGACCUUGGAUCUUAGCUAGGGAGCCACUGAAGUUUAAAAGGACCUACCUGGGACAUUUUGGAAAAUGCCGCUAAGACGCAGAAGCCCUGUGUGCACCACUGUCUCACCUCUCCCCCUGCCCCGAGAAAGGCCCCCAAAUGCCAGGUGUCAUGAGAUAGCCACAGCAGGGGUGGAAUGGAUCGACUGUACAGAUUUUAGACCAGACCUCCGCAAAGACUGCUGCUGUUCUACUUUAGAAUGUUCCAGAGCCUUUGGAGCGUGAUAAAGUUCACACACUGAUAUGGAUUAGCUUUUAAAACAUGAGGGUACCAGGUCUCAAGUAUUAAAAGGCAGAGGCAAAGCAGGGAAGAGUGGGGGCUACUCCAGAAAUCAGAGGGGGUCACCCAGGGGAAGUUAGCACUGGCAAUCGAUACUUUGGUCGUAUGGAAAACACUCAUUGAUGGUGGGGAGGGGACUUUUGCCCAGGGCUGAGUCUGUGGCCAACCCUAGUUGUUUAUCUAAACCACGCUAAGAGCACGUCCCACUCCCCAGUUCCUUUCAAGCAGGUGGAGUGGGGAUACAGAUGGGAUUUUUAACAAGUGCUGUCUCUCUCAAAGGACAAGAGCCAUGUUGUGGUGUCUCACUGGCCCUUUUCCUCCACAGCAGGCCUCCAAGCGAUGCUCGCCCAGGCCUGGAACUGGAGGAGUAGGAGGGAGGGGCUUUGAAUCGAGGUUUAUGGGCUUUAGGUGUAGGAUGAGGUGAGAGGCAGCCAGUAAGUUCAUGGAGAAAGGGACAAAGGGAGAGGUGGGUGUGAGGCUGGUGUAAGAAGAAAUAUGGAGAAGUUCCUGAAAGCUGGGGGAUGUGAAAGGGGGAGGGUGUUGAGUUGGAGCUUGGAAUGAUGGGAAGAAGAAUUGGGGGUGCUGGCCAUCUGAAGGUCUUUUCCAGGAAUGAGGUGACAUGAUAUCCUAGUGCAAGCAUGUGAUGCCAAGGUGACCUUGGGAGGAUGCUGGGCAUCCCUGCCUAUCUCCUGGCCUACCCAUGUCACCCACCCAUGAAAGACCCUUGUAAGUUGGCUACGUGUGUAAGACAGAGGUGAUGGGACACUGAAGCAGGGUCCCCAAGCUUCCCAACCUGGGGAUCAGGUUACUAUGACCCGCCCAGUGCAGGUCACAGAGUCCACUCAACUAGAAGGGAGCUGAAGAAUGAGCAUUGGCUACUAGAAAACUAAGCCUAGUACACCUCAUGAAGGUCACUGUCACCUUGGACACAGCCCGGCAUGGCCCUUGCCUGUUUCCUCACUGGAUAGGGAGAGCUUUCUCCUUUCAGCCAUUCCUCCAUUUAACAAAUAUGCACUAUCCAUCAGUGUGUGUCAGGCCCAGACUGUGGCACUGGAAGCAUAGUGAGCGGGAGGAAGAAUGUCUGUCGGGCUGGGAUGUGGCUCCACUGGAAGAGAGCUUGCCUAGCAUGCAUGAUGUCCUGUGUUUAAACAUCAGCUCUGUAAACAAGGUCUGAUGCCACAUGCCUGUAAUCCCAACACUCAGGAAGUGGAGGCCUGAGAAUCGAGGUCAAGGUCACCCUUGGAUACACAUUCAGUCCCAAGCCAGCUUGGAAUAUAGGAGUCCAUAGGAGACCCUGUCUCAGAAAACCACCUCUGCCCUCCUGUAACCCAGGAGAGAGUGGUGAACCCCUCCAUCUCCAGCCUUUGAGCCCUCUGUCCUCUUGGGAACUUGACAGCCUGCAGUUGCUUGGCUAGCUCCCCAGAACUCACAGGAAUUCUGUGGCUCCUGGAAUUUCCCCAUGCCUGCCUUAGAUACUUGCAAUAAGCCUAGAAAUGCCACAGCCUGCUUACCCCAGAGACUCAGGUGAGAAACGUCAAGACAUUGAGGAAGGGGUGUUUGCUUGUGGGUUUGACAAAGCCAGCCAGCCCUCAUUAUAGCCAGUUCUGGUAGCCCCGUGGGGCUAGCUACAUGAAGGAAAACAGCCCUGGAAAGAGAACAGAGGCCACCACUGGAAACACUUAUAGAGACACCCCCCAAAACAGGGAGGCUGGACAGGGUCGGGCACAUGUUCUCCUGUGCUGUGAUGGAGUGGUCAGUAAGAGGGGUGUCUGGAGCGUGACACUAGACAGAUUCAGAGACAUGUUUGUAAGUCCCACGCUCCUCUCUUCCCUGUGGUCUUGACAGAUGCAUCCUGGGACAAGGUGAGGAAUAGGGUCCUUCUCAGCUUCACCUUGUGACCAUUCCUCGGUUUUCUUAUGUAUACAUGUUUUUCUGUUUAUUGCUUUAAGAACUAAUCCUGCUCAAGAGUAUUUUCUUUAGCUAGUUUAAAAAUAUUUUAUGUAAACACAUGUUGCCAAAUGCAAUGCUGAGAAGACAAUCACUCUGUGGCUUGUAUGAUUUUUGUUUCCUGCUUCAGAGUGUCAUUCCACCAUGACAAUCGAUAUACUCUGUUGGUUUGUUUUUGUUUUUGUUUUUUCAGGAGGGUUUGGUUACUAUGCGUUGUCAUGGGGAAGAGACAUUUUUAUCACAGCUACCUCCAUGCGAGUGACUUCCUGGAUAAAGCAAUAUUUCCUUUCAAUAAACUGUCACCUAACAGGAA